AUGAAACUCCAGCUAAAGACAAACAAAGAUAUUCAGCGAUCUGUCUAGGAGUCUUGAUUUCAAACAGUAGACAGCAAGGACGCAUGAACAAUGGCUCUCUCUCUGGCCUCCAGCUUAUGGUUGGUGUUCAUACUAGUGGCCUCUGUGAGCAGCAGCAUUGCUUGGCCUGCUACCACUGCUGAGAAGACUACUACUACGCCUACUACUACUACUAAGCCGCCUACUACUUCUAUUAUGACAGAUUGGAGAUGGACAUCAAGCCCUUCCACAGGUCAAGACCUGACUGGCCGCAUGUUCAGCAUCAUGUCUGGGAGUGUCAUCACAUUCCGCGGUUUCCCCCGUUACCAAGACACCCGGGCGUUCACUGUGUGCCUGCGCAUCAUCAGUGAGCUCCAGCCCAGCACUGCUCUUUUCACCAUGACCAUGAGCAACAGCCCCACCCUGACCGUGAGGACGUCACCCUACGGGCAGGACCAGAUGACCGUGGAGGUGGGCCAGGCGUCCAAGAUCCUCAACACCGUAGCGGAGGUGCCCUCGUUUGGGAAGCUCUCUCCGUGGACCAGCCUGUGUGUGACCUGGGACUCGGCCACAGGCAUGACCCAGCUGUGGAAGGACGGGAAGAUGAGUGUCAGGAAAGGCAUGUGGAGGGGCCAGUCAUUCUAUGGCCCGCCAGUAAUGACCCUAUCAGGGUUCGAAGGUCAGGUGACUGACAUUCACAUGUGGGACAAGGCCCUCCCCCUCGCCAGCCUACGCUCCUACAACCAGGGCUGGGGCUAUCCGGCUGGAAACCUGCUGAGCUGGAGGGAGGCUAGCUACACCUCCCAGGGCUACGCGGUCCUAGAGGAUGCCUACAGCAGUCAGGGGGAGCUUGGAGAGAAAGAUCACACUGGGAAGCGGCAGCGGAGGAGGCACUGGAAGAAGCAUGGGAAGCUGGGAAAUGUAGUCCAGGAGGGGCCGGAGAGUGGACAAGGUUGUCUGGGUCUGUAGAAGCACUGUGGGAAGAGACAGGUGCUGUAAGGAGCGAGAGAGGAAUUGGAAGCUUUGCAGUCAUAUUUACAGUAAUCACUUGAUUAGAUAAUGAUUAAACUGCAGUGAUGUGCAAUUUAGUAUUGAUCAAUAUUUCUACUUUGAUUGUCAUACUGAACCAUUGCAUUACAUCCAAACAAGUUGUUUUUACUCCAAUUUAAAAUGUAAUGUAAACUGAAUACAUAAAAUUGAUCUUUGUCAUACAGUAUAACCAAAUACUCAGUUGGAGUCCACAAAGUUCUAUGGCAGCAUACAUUGUUGUGGAACAGAGCUUUUUAUUGUUGUCAGAGCCAUAUAGAUACAUCUAUAUGGCUCUGAUUGUUGUGAAACAGAAUCUUUUGUUCUGGGUUUUGUUCACAGCAUACAGUAUAAACUAGAGUAUUCCAAAUUCUGAGAAUACUCCGAUUGGUACUUUACUCCGAUUAUUUGUGCAUGUAACU